UCUGCACUCCCACCACACAAAACGAUCUCUUUUACUUUGUUUCUCAGAAUAUAGAGAAAGCAUUGGGAGGGAGAGAGAGAGCAAAAGGAGAACAGAAUGGCAGCCUCGCUACAAGCAGCAGCCACGCUCAUGCAACCCACCAAGGUGGGCGUGCCUUCUCGGAGCAGCCUACAGCUGAGGUCUUCUGUCAGUGUUUCCAAGUCCUUUGGCGUGGAACCAGCUUCAGCCAGGCUUACUUGCUCACUGCAAGCUGAUAUUAAGGACUUGGCUCAGAAAUGUGUCGACGCUACCAAGAUUGCCGGCUUUGCUCUUGCUACUUCGGCCCUCGUCGUCUCGGGAGCAAGUGCUGAAGGAGCUCCAAAGAGGCUAACCUAUGAUGAAAUUCAGAGCAAGACAUACCUGGAGGUCAAGGGAUCCGGAACAGCCAACCAGUGCCCAACCAUUGACGGCGGGGUGGAAGCAUUCGCCUUCAAGCCCGGCAAGUACAAUGCCAAGAAGCUCUGCCUAGAGCCCACUUCUUUCACUGUCAAAGCCGAGAGUGUGAACAAGAAUUCCCCACCGGAGUUCCAGAACACCAAGCUCAUGACCCGCUUAACCUAUACCCUGGACGAAAUCGAGGGACCCUUUGAAGUAUCAGCCGAUGGCGGCAUUAAGUUCGUGGAAAAAGAUGGCAUUGACUACGCAGCCGUGACUGUCCAGCUGCCUGGUGGCGAGCGCGUACCCUUCCUUUUCACAAUCAAGCAGCUGGUGGCAUCAGGCAAGCCGGAGAGUUUUGGAGGAGAGUUUCUAGUGCCAUCCUACCGUGGCUCAUCUUUCUUGGACCCAAAGGGCCGGGGUGGCUCAACCGGUUAUGACAAUGCGGUUGCAUUGCCUGCCGGAGGCAGAGGAGACGAGGAGGAGCUCGCUAAGGAGAACGUUAAAAAUACAUCAUCAUCAACAGGGAAAAUCACCCUGAGUGUCACCAAGAGCAAGCCUGAGACAGGGGAGGUGAUUGGAGUGUUUGAGAGCAUUCAGCCAUCUGACACUGAUUUGGGUGCGAAGACCCCAAAGGAGGUGAAGAUCCAGGGGUUCUGGUAUGCUCAGCUCGACCAAUAGGCCUUUUUUUUUUAACAAAUCUGUAUUCAUUAUCGGUUCAGAUUUUGCUGUAAGUUUAAGGUGUUGCUAAACAAUUCCCUGUGACCAAUUGCAGAACCACUGAGAUUAUUAUCCAGUUUGUAUAUUAAUUAUUAUGGCUUUUGAUAA